AUGCAAUUCACCAAAGUUAUCGCUUCAUUAGCCUUAGUUGCUUCUAUCAACGCUAAAUUUGCCAACACCACCACCAACGGUACUGUCACCAACGGUACUUCUGCUGGUAACGCUUCUAACGGUACCACCACCACCACUGCUGGUAGCGGUGCUUCUUUGAACUCCGUCACUGGUUUGGCUGCUUUGGCCGCUGUCGGUGCUGCUUUAUUAUACUAG